AGCAGAAAGUCCAAAAAAAGACAAUAUCGGUGAGUGGGUUAGUGGGCUUGCUGUUACAAAAGGGCUAGUUUUUGUGGGUUACCAACUCACAUAAAGGCAUAAAACUUGCUACCAUGGGCUAUGAGGUGUUUUACUUUGAGUUGGUUUUGUAUGCUUAUUUGAACUUAGAUUUUCUCAUGUCUCAAACUAUAUUGCAGUGUCUGACAGGAGCUUUAAGAAACGACAACCCGAGGAUGUUGAUGGCUGCAUCUGCAUUUCUAUUGCCUUUGAGGCCCUUUACGGUUUCAGCACUUCACACUGGGAUGAUGGAGGUAAUGUUUGCAAAAAGAGCUUUGAAGGAUCCAGAUUUGAGGAUGGCUCACAACGUGCAUAAAGUGUCGACGCUGUUAGGUGGUGUUCUUUUCGUUGCUGAUGAUGCUUUGCCCCAAACUCCAUUCAUUCAUGCAGCUUGGCAUCUUGCUGCUGCUGUUGGUGUUGGAACCUGCAAUAAGCUUCUUGAGUGAUUCAUUGUGUUCAUACUACAAACAUAAAUUUGUCGACGCCUCAGCCUCUUGCUUUCUUUGGAGUAGUUGUUCACAAUUAUUUUUGUUUUAAAUGUGAUUAAAACAACCUUACAACUUUUUUUGUUUUUAUAUUUCACCGCCUAAGUGAGGCACGUUAGAACAUCAAUAUUUGAACUUCAUGACACUAUUUUGCAUUCAUUUUAGUGGGGAAGCUAUGAAGCGGUUGUCUUGAAAUAAUUUUGAAUGUCAAGUGUUGAAAUGAAACUUUGUGAAUCAAUAAGAUUGAAACUUAGCA